GCACAGUGACACCUGCUUAAUCACACCUGUGCACCUCUGAUGCUCAUACUGCCGCCAAACUCAAAGACCAGAAUGCAUACUCCAGCAUUAACUCUCAUGGUCCUUACCGCAGUCCUCUGGGGCGACACAGAAGCAUUUUCAGAUGCAGCUGUGGACUGCUGUCUGACCACCAAGGACACACGCAUCCCCGUGCAAAUCGUUGCAUCAUACGUUCAUCAGACCACAGACAGCGGUUGCCCAAUCCCAGCGACUGUAUUCAUCACAAAGAAGCACAAGAAACUCUGUGCACCUCCAGAGGAGAAACACAGCUGGAUCAGCAAGAUUAUCUCACUCCUGGACAAAAAGAGAAAAUCACAUCAGUAGGACUAGACGGGAAGUGACCACGAUGACCCACUUGACAAACUGAGGACCAAACAGGAAGUGACAAUGAUGCUCCUGUAUCUGCAACGAUGACUUAAUCAUUCAUAUGUGAUCCUAAACAUGCAUACUUAUAAAUUCAUCAAGCUCAUGGCAUUGAAACAUUGUACAAAUGAAUAAAAGACUGGAAUUUCAAACCUGAUAUGUUGACUGUAAUAUGUCAUUUACUGAAAACGUAUGUGUUUUGUACUGUACUGUCUUACUUUAGCGAUUUUGAGCCUUACUUGUAAGCUAUGUUCAGGAAAUUAAGCUUUUGGGAAUGUAUGUCAAAUGGUUUGUUUUAAACUUUGCUGAUUCAUUUUUUUAAAUAAAACAAUUUGAGUGAAUCUCUA